AUAUGGCGGACAGGUUAGGUGAAAACGGACCCACUGAUUCAGAAGGAAAAGGAGAUGAACGAAGGCCGGUAUCCGGAAGAUCAAAAGGCUCAGCUGAUUCCAAAAAGUCUAUUCAAGAUGCAGUCAGUAAAUUGACCGUUAACGCACUAAAAGAGUUUCGUUUGAGCGAUCCAAGUGAUGUAGACACCGUUGUUACCGGUGCAGAGAGUGAAGGUCUUGUCCCUACCGCAACUUUGACACAGGAUAUUCCAACGUUUGACCCUCGCGGAGCGCUUGGAGCGCAGACAUUGCUUUCUGAGGAUAUCACUGGCAGUGGUGAGGAAGCUAGAGAUGACGAGAUUGAGGGUGAUAUCGGUGAAGAUGGUGAUGAAGGUCUUAGUGAUGAAGAAGAAUCAGGUUCAGAUGGGGAGAGUGAUAUGGUGGUUCUUGAUCCUGACCAUCCUCUUAUGGUCAGAUUCCAAGCUGCAUACAAAUCACAUUUAAUCAGACAGCAGGAAAAAGUUAAUUUGGAGCUAAGAGAAUUGACUGAAGAUCUCAAAACAAAGAAGCGAGAGAGAGAAGAACUUGGUGUACAGUUAUAUGGCGUACAACAGGAACUUGCCAGGCAGCAAAUGCUCUUGGAGAAGGAACAUGACAAUUUCAGCUCAGAAAAUCAUCUCAGGCAGCAAAGUGAAAAGCUUCUGGAGGAAACUAAAGAGCUUCAUGAUAAGACGGUGAAAGAUGCCAUCCAUCAGCGCAAACAAGCUAAGGAGCUUAGAACAGAAGUUGAAAAUCUGGCAGCUCGCUUGCAUUACAUGGAAGAGGCUAAGGAAGAUGUAAGGGCUGACAUUGCUGUCAUGAGAAGAGCAGCUGAGAAAGCAGACACUGAAGUUACCAAAGCAGAAUUAGAGAAGAAAAAACAGGACCUCCUUGUGGACAGAUUAACACAAACAGUAGAUCGGCUGAGGGAGGAAAUUGACAUGUUUGAGACCCAGUGUGCAGCUCAAAUGGAGGAAACUAAAGCAGCUCAAAAAGCUCUCUCAGAGGCUAUUACUGAAAUAGAGGCUCUUCAGCUGGAAAAAAAGCAGCUAACACAGCAGUGGUACAGCAGUUUAAUUGGAAUGAGGAGACGAGACGAGGCAUAUGCUGCAAUGCAAGAAGCUCUGAGUCUUCAAAGGCAGAGAAUCCAGGCCAUUGAAACAGAGAUUGAAGGCUAUAGAAAGUCCAUCAGCAAAGCUCAGGAACAGAAUGAACAGAUCACACUCAUGCAUAACAAGAUUGAGGCUGACAUCUCCAUGGUGAAGAAACUGGUUGCAGUGAGCAGGAACAAACAGGAGGUCCUUAAGACUGAAUAUAGUAAAUACUCCAGGACACUCCAUGAAACAGAACAACAACUCAACAGGGCUGAAACUGAAGUGACACUGAAGGAGAACGAAAUCACAGCAUUAAGAAAACAGAUUGAGCGUGAGUUUGGGGAGAAGAUAAAACUAGAAGACAACAUUAUGGAAAAGAUGAGAAGCCAGCUUACAUUGGACAAGGCGGCGCAGUACACUAAGAAGAUGACAGACAAGCUCAGAAGGAGGGCCACAGAACUGGAAAGUUCCGUUGCUGAAGUUGAGAACGAGAUUUCCAGGGAUAUCUUGGACAUUUCUAACACGACCACUCGUGUUCGUCAACUUCAAGAUGUCAUGGACAACCUGAAUGAAGAGAUUCACCAAAAGAAUGGCACCAUUUCUAAGAUCGAAGGAGAAAUUGUGAAGCGAAACGCUAUUAUUGAACGGAAACAGAGCACUAUUGACCAGUUUAACAAAAAGAUUGAUCAGUUGAGGAGCAAAGACGGGGGAGAGGAAAUAGGACCUUUGGAGUUACAGAUCCACACGUUACAAAAGCAGAUCGAAGCCCGCCUUAAUGAAAUUACUGAACUACAGCAGUUUUGGCUGAGAAAUCAAAGUGAAUUGGUGAAGACCUUAAAGGAUGUACAGAAACAAUCUGAAGACAUGGAGUACUUUAAGAAACAGUACACCAUAUUACUGCAAAAGAAACUCAGGAUCGAAGGCGAAAUCAACUCACACAAUAGCGAGAUGCGAGAUAUUGAGCGAAACAUUCGCGGCAUGCAGAAUGACAUGACGAAGCUAAAUACUCUGAUCACCCAGGAAAGUGGCCUGAGAGAGGCCUUACAGCAAGGAACUGUGUUGAUGGAGAGCGACUUUAUUCAGGCGCUUAAGGAAGCUGAAGGGGAAUCCAUCAACAUGCAAAAUCAAAUUGAUGCCCUGAAGGAGGAGAAAGAAAGGCUGCUCAAUAGUUUGGUGGAGGCGGAACGUCAAAUCAUGUUGUGGGAGAAAAAGACGCAACUGGCCCGUGAAGCGAAGAACGCUGUUGACAUGGAGUACGGUCAAGGAGAGAUUAAGUCAAUGAAAGCAGAGAUUCAUAGAAUGCAGGUUCGUUACUCGCAGCUAAUGAGACAACAGGAAAAGAUGAUUCAAGACAUGGAGAAGUCUGUUGUACGCAGGGAAGUUAUUAUUACUCGUGGAGAUGCUCAAGCAAAGAUGGGUAAGGUUUCAAACACUAAAGGCACUUUCCAAAAGAAACUCGCCGAGAUGAAGAAGAAAAUCAAGCAGACAAACCAAGACGCUAAUGCCUGUGAUACUGAUAUUCAAGUGCUUCGUGAAAAGCAAAUGACCGUGAGUCGUGAUCUGGAAGAGAAACAAACAACAUGUCUACAGCUUCAAACCACUGCCGAUGAACUGGAGGUGCAAAUCGAUACACUGUCGGAAGAGAGACAAAGGAAUCUGGCUGACAUAGUCGCCAAGCAACAGAAGUUAAAGUACUACAACCAGCUAAAGAAUGGACGCUACACUCCGCUGUGCAAAACACCGGAGACGCUAGAGGCUGAACUUCAAAAACAACGAGCUCGUCUCCAGUCCCUUAUGACGAUAGUUGAUCGAUUGAAUCAGGAGUUUCCUCAAGCUCAACCAGCGCUGCGCAAAAUCACCCUGUCUCUAGGCUACAGGGGAAUUCCUGAGGAAGCUGCAGCCUAAUCUCUGCUCACCCCUCCCAUGUAGAAAAUCAUUUAUUCAUUAAUGUAUUGCGAAUAUGAGUAAAUUUUCUUAAAUAAAAAAACGACUUAAAUUUAAUUGUUUAGAUUUCCAUAGUUUUCAGAACCACGUUUCUCGAUAUCUUUUUUCUGCUAGUAUUGCUGUAAAUAAAAGAUAUCAGCACAUUAAACUGAGUGGUGAAUA